UGUCAGGAAAGGUCCUCAGCAAACUUCAGGUCCUGGUUGUCCUUUAAGAAUGGAGAUGUCUUAGCUGCUUUCCACAGGCCAUCUCUGGUUCUGCGGGAGAUGAACUGGAUGAUAAUAGGUCUGGGACUGGUGUUGUUUGGGCGUUUGGAGCCGACCCCGAUGUACGGUGUCAAUGGUGUCAUAAAGUUAAUUUUUACAUUCAGGCAACACAACCUGACAAAUCUCAACAGCAACUCUCCAUGUAUCCUCCUGUUGCUCUUCUUUGACACCAAACAGCCUGAGGUUCCACCGUCUGAAGUAUCGCUGGAGAUCUGUGAUUCUUUGCUGGUUUUUAUCCAUACGCUCUUCCUCUUUGGAGAUUUUCUGCUCCAAAGUGCCCACUCUGCAUUUGACAUCUUUUAUCUCUUCACGUGCAAAGUCCACAGUUUUUCUGAUCCAGGUCAUCCAUUCUUUCGUUUAUUAGCUUUGACAGAGUUUCAACAAUAUCCACGCUAUCUACCUUUGAAUGCAACGCUGUCUUUGGCGCCGGAGACUGGCUGGGUGAGACGGGUAGAGGUGGAAACUCGUCCAUUACGUCCUCGAUAAUUGGGAGAGGUAGUGAAAGAGCCGUGUAGUGAUGGCAGUUAUCAAGCAGUGGGUUUACCGACCCGGCUGUUUGGCUAGCAUUAGCCUUUAGUAGUAGCUUCGUCCUGGAGCUAGCCGAGGGUCUUUUAUUGUCACGCUGUGACAUUUUGUCGCUUUACUGAUCAAAAUCAGUCCUUUUCUGGCUUAAAUACCGAAAACGCUUCUGAGGUCUGAGUUGACACAGUGUUCCUACAGUAUUAUAGCGUUACAUUUGCUAAGCUGGGGAGUAAGCGUGCACUUACUCCGCCAUCUUGGAACGCCCCCUCGCUCUUUGAUCCUUUGACCUUCAAAGGACCAUUCUGACGUCACGGUCGACUUCACGGUCUCUCGAGUCCUUAAAUAGGGGAGCUCCUUUAACAGUUUACAUUGGAGCAUUUUCAGAAACAGCCAGUUGUUUUAGACAAAGCGAAUACGUAUUUAACCUGUGACACCGUGCUUUAAACCUUUAAAAAAUGUCACAGGAAUCAUUAGAUAACUUACCUUCUGGAAGCGAUAGUGGAGAUGAGUCACUAAGAGUGCAGCUUGAGGCUAGUGACAUGAGAGUGUCUCAGCUUCACAGAGACAUAGUGCUUCACCUUGAGCGCAGCCGUAGAAUAAAUGCAGAACUCAUGGAAGAGGUCAAAAAUAUUGAGAAAAAAAACGCAGAUCUCAGGGAAGAGCUCGAAAAUAUUAGGAAAGAAAACGCAGAUCUCAAGCAAGAGCUCAAAAAUAGUAGGAAAGACAACUCAGCACGCAUGGAAGAGCUCAAAAAUAGUAGGAAAGAAAACAUAAAGCUCUUGGAAGAGCUCGAGAAUAGCAGGAAAGACAACGAAGAGCUCGAAAAUAGCAGGAAAGAAAACGCAAAGCUCUUGGAAGACCUCGAAUAUAGCAGGAAAGACAACACAGAGCUCAUGGAAGAGCUUGAAAAUAGAAGGAAAGAAAACACAAAGCUCUUGGAAGAGCUCGAGAAUAGCAGGAAAGACAACGAAGAGCUUGAAAAUAGAAGGAAAGAAAACGCAAAGCUCUUGGAAGAGCUCGAGAAUAGCAGGAAAGACAACGAAGAGCUCGAAUAUAGCAGGAAAGAAAACGCAAAGCUCUUGGAAGAGCUCGAGAAUAGCAGGAAAGACAACGAAGAGCUUGAAAAUAGAAGGAAAGAAAACGCAAAGCUCUUGGAAGACCUCGAAUAUAGCAGGAAAGAAAACGCAAAGCUCUUGGAAGAGCUCGAGAAUAGCAGGAAAGACAACGAAGAGCUCGAAAAUAGCAGGAAAGAAAACGCAAAGCUCUUGGAAGAGCUUGAAAAUAGAAGGAAAGACAACACAAAGCUCAUGGAAGACCUUGAAAAUAGCAGGAAAGACAACGCAAAGCUCAGGGAAGAGCUAGAAAAUAGCACGAAGCGAAUGCAGAGCUCAUGA